AGUUAAUUUGGCUUAGUCACAGAUUCAUAGACUUGGCGUGUCACUGACAGAGAUCGAGAUCGGAGGGUCUAGGGUUUUAAAGACAAUGGCUGGGUCAGGGAGUUCGAUGCUAUAUUCAUUUCUUUUCUUUGUUGUCAUUUUGUCUCUUCAAGAAGUGUACCGAGGCAAGUUGGCAUCAACUGAGUUAUUUACUAUACUUGGAGGCUUCAUCAGUUCUCUCCUGUUCCUUGUGUCACUAACUUUCAUUGGAAAUUUCCAGGAAACAUGUGGCAUGAAGACUGGAUGGGGUGCUGUUAUGAUAGCUGAAGCAAUUGCUCUGAUUGCUGCUAGCACAGUCCACCGAGUCUGCAUCACAACUUGUUUCUUGUUCUCAGCUGGACUACUUUACGAGGUCAACAAGCUUUCAGGCAUGAUCCUUGCUAGAAGUGAAUCUAAAACAAAGAGGCACUGAAAGAGAUCUUAUAUCUUAUUCGUAUAAACACUGAUUAAAAAUUCUGUCAUUUUAUCUUCCAUUCCAUAAUCAUUUUUGAGUUGUAGAAGAUAUUUGUUAAAUGAAAAUUAUAGAAUACGCUGAGUGAGUUAAAAAAUUUCUUUUAUGCUGUUAUUGGCCCCUCCUCGUCCAUAUUAAAAUGCCCCUGAAACCUUCUUUUACAUACUUCUGAAGAAGGAAAACUGAGUUUUAAUUCUAAUAUUUUCGAGGCCCUUUAUAUUGCCCCUGUUGAUUGUC